GACAGGGUUCAUGCUCCAAAUGUUCUCUCCCACAAACAUUCCAUUAUUGUUUGCCUGCUCGGCUGUCGACAAAAGUUGCUCUAAAAGAAACAGGCUUGGUAACCGCUCUCGCAUUUUCCCAUUUGUUUCGUUUGUGAUCGUCGAUGCUUAAUGCUUCGGAAGCCUGCGGGAUCGGUUGCGAAGAAGUCAAGCUUCACUUGGACAUCUUGGAAGCCUUGGGGUCUCACUCAGACAUAUUGGAGAUUUACAUUGGGAAACCCUGAGGGGAGAUUGGGUUUGGGAAAGAAACACCAUCCAAGAACCACAAACCGGUUGUUGAGUCUACCGGUACACAUUGGAUGGCAAUGGUUUGAGGCGAGGUUUAGGAUUGCCCUCUGUGAGAAGAUUAUUGGGAUUCAGAGCUCGAACGAUCCUAUCGCGGCUGACCUCAAUUGGUAGAGUAAAGUCACGAGUUUCUAGGUCAAGGUGGUGAGUAGUAGUCGCAACGCAGCGAGGCGUGGGUUUCAGAAUGUCGGGUCCAGCAGAUCAUUGAUGAUGUGCUUCGAAGAACGCCACCCACUCAAUUUGCCCCUCAGACACUCUGGACCAAACACCGCUCUGAACAUCGAAAUCUUGAUCAAUUAACUCUAUGCUUGGUUGGCCGGUGUCACAGCCUUUCUUCAUCCUGGUGGAACAUGUCGGAAGGCAAUCUGGUGAGUGGUGCUUUGCUAAAAAGGAUAUAUUCUUGGCAGUGGUCUAACGAAAAUACUACAACGACACUCUCCCAGACUCUUUGGAAUCACCUCGUCGGUUUUGUCGUAUGGAAAAUCAACAUGGCUCGUUCUACUGUGAACAACGAUUGGUCACGGUGCGAAAGGGUCUAAAUCGGGCAACAUCAGCCUCACUCACUCCACUAUCUUGGCACACCAGUGAAGCCACGGAGCCACUUUAGGGUCAGGACUGCCCCUGGAGACGCGGCUAUCCACCAACCCCUGGCCCCUAUUCCCAAGCCCGGUCCAGUGCUUGUUCUCGCUGUCCAGCAUCACUACUGGCUUGCCCUCUCUCCAUUGCAGCCUCUGGUGGCCCCUGGCCCAGUUCCGUGCAGCUCUCGCCUACCUCCCUGCCCUACCUCCGUACCGUACCAACUUUCUCAACCACUCCCUACCGAGCCCAUCCUUCGGAGCCUCUCCAACCCACUCUCACUCAAACACCCAGUUGUGUUGCGUAGAUACCUCGCACUGACGACGCCAUGGGCUUCUCAAACCCGCUGCAGGGCUCCAUACAAUGGAAUUGCCGUAUGGAGCUUGCCUGCAUUGAGCAUGGGUCUCCACUGUCAUGCCACACCCUGUGUCUGGGCUCUGCACCUCCCAUGUUUUACCCAGCUCGAGGCGAUCCUAUAGAAGCCUUCCAAGACUUCAUGCGAAAAACAUCCACUUCUCUUGUUCAUGUUCGGUUUCUCUUAAACUAUCUUCUCUUUCCUAUUCCUAUUCCGCUUGUGUAUCCUGUUUUGCUCCUCCUUCCAUUUAUCUUUGUUUUCUUUGCAUCUUUCCUGGGGCGGGCUUCCAAUUUCACUCUCGAAUACUCGUGCUGAGCAUCUUUCUUUUGAUUGCCAUAUUUCGAGACUCCGCGACCAUUCUUUGACGCCGAGAUCUCGAUCUUCUUACCACUCCUUACAUUCGAAAGUACCACCUGGUGUGGAUUUAGAAAUAACCUCACGAUGCCUUCCAUAAUACAGCUUCAGGCUCUCCUCCUCCUCGCCCUCGUCGGCUUCGCCCUCGCCGUUCCAACGAGAAAUGCACCAAUUCAGAAACGCAGCUUCAAGGUUGAGCGAGUGCCAAACCCUCACUUCAAGGGCCGAUCAGUAGGAGCUGGAACAAGGGCGCUCGUCAAGGCGCACAGAAAGUAUGGUGUUGCACUUCCUCAAGGACUCGUCGAUGCUAUGAAUGCCGCCGCUGCAGCGAACGCAGCUCCAGUCGGAUCCAUUGCCGAUGCUUUAUCGAACUCAGCCAGCAUCCAAAUUGGUGCUGCUCCUGUCGAGGAGAAGAAGAAGGCACAAGGUUCCGCCACGAGAUCAGUUCCUGGUUCAUUGUCGACGGGUGGAGCUACUGCUGGUGCCAGAGCCAACGGUACUGCUGGAAAGGCUACAGGGAUUGUGACGGCUACCCCCGAGCAAGGCGAUGUCGAGUACCUCUCUCCAGUCACCAUCGGUGGACAGACUAUAAACAUGGAUUUCGACAGCGGUUCCUCCGAUCUCUGGGUUUUUAGCACAGGACUAAACGCCGCUGCUCAAGCAGGCCACACCAACUACGAUGCCACCAAGUCCACUACUUCAAAAGCGCUGGCCGGGGCCUCCUGGUCCAUUUCCUAUGGUGACGGAUCUGGAGCAAAAGGAACUGUCGUAAUGGACACCGUAAACAUUGGAGGAGCAGAGGUCAAAAACCAAGCUGUUGAGAUGGCCACGGCAGUCUCACAAUCAUUCGUUGCCGAUGCUAACUCCAAUGGACUUGUCGGCCUCGCCUACUCCAAACUCAACACUGUCAAGCCAACACAGCAAAAGACUUUCUUUGAUAACGCGAUGCCCAACCUGGCCAUGCCUGUUUUCACUGCAGAUCUCCGUAAGGCCGCCGUCGGCUCCUACGAGUUCGGCAAUAUCGACUCCACCAAGUUCAACGGAACCCUCGCCUGGGCCCCCGUCAACACCACCCAGGGCUUCUGGCAAUUCUCCUCCAACAAGUUCCAAGUCGGUACCGGUGCCCCAAUGACCAUCCAAGGUGGCCAGGCCAUCGCUGAUACCGGAACUACUCUCAUGUUGGCCAACGCUGCUAUCGUCAACGCCUACUACAGCCAAGUCAACGGUGCCGUCAACAACGCUACCGUCGGAGGUGUCACCUUUCCCUGCAACUCUCAGCUACCCGAUCUUGCUGUCGAUGUUGGUGGAUCUUACAUGGCUACUGUCCGUGGAAGCGACAUCAACUUCGCUCCAGUUGACCGUGCUGGUACCACUUGCUUUGGAGGCCUCCAAGCCAUCGCUGGUAACCUCCAGAUCUACGGAGACAUCAUGUUCAAGUCACAAUUCGUGGCCUUCAACGGUGGCAACAACACUCUUGGCAUGGCUCCUCAUCAGUAG